UUUUUACGACGGUGUGCUUACACAAUGACACUUUCCGUUACUUUAGCCUGCUAGUUGUAACCGCGUUGGGGGGGGGAAAGGGAGCUUAUUUCGAAAGCUGUUCAAGUUCGGGCCAUCUUUUUAAGAUUUCGACUUAUGAUCGACAUCGUACACUGUACUGUACUGGACUGAGAAGAAGCAAUCUUCCCCGUGGAAAAAAAGUACAAGGCGUACUUCCUGUGGUGAAACUGCUUCGAGCUGGUAAAGCAGGCCCAGCGCAGAGCUCCCGGAAAGUUUGUUGUUGUCACGUGACGUGAGACGAAUGUGGCGAUAAAAGUUAGUUCAGAGCGUCAAACUAGCUUCGCGUGCUACAACAGUUGAUAGGUCAUCGACGCCGUCUCCGCCGCAAUGCCUCAGCCGAAGUGCCGAAAGAUUGCUGUGAUCGGUUACAGAUCUGUAGGAAAGUCAUCUCUCACAAUACAGUUUGUGGAAGGACAGUUUGUCGACUCCUAUGACCCCACAAUUGAAAACACAUUCAAUAAAAUGGUCAGCGUCAAUUCUCAAGACUUCAAUCUUCAACUGGUUGACACUGCUGGACAAGAUGAAUACUCAAUUUUUCCACAGUCCCACUCAAUGGACAUCCACGGCUAUGUCCUUGUUUAUUCUGUGACAUCCAUGAAAAGUUUCGAGGUUGUUCAGGUUCUACAUGACAAGCUGCUAGACAUGGUUGGAAAGAUUCAAGUUCCAACCGUUCUUGUUGGGAACAAAAAAGAUCUCCACAUGGAAAGGGUCAUAAAGCCAGAGGAGGGAAAGAAGCUUGCUGAUUCCUGGGGUGCUGCUUUCAUGGAGUCCUCAGCCAAGGAGAAUGAGACCGCCGUGGAGGUUUUCAAGCGAAUCAUACUGGAGAUGGAGAAAGCUGACGGGAAUGCCCCGCCAGAGGAGAAGAAGUGUGCCAUGAUGUAAGGGUGUAUUGAGGACUUGGUAAAAGUAACUUGCUGAAGACAGGAGGCACUGCUCCACCAGCGUACCAACAGCGACCUCACCAACCAGACCUGGCAGUGCUGCCAUCUUCAAUUCACGGCAAACUAUUCCACAAGAAGCAGCUCAGGCAAAGAAGCACCUUCAUUGGACAUUUGCUUGAGAUAUUUCUGUUGAUGAGUGGGUAUCAUUUUAGCCCAAAGAAAAGACAGAUCCUCAUUAACUGUAUCCAGAAUUCCCUUGAACAUACAAUGGUAAUUAUUUGUGAAUGCCCGAUGUUGAAACAUUGGUUUGUGUAAUUUUUGAGUGGUUGGUGUAUAGUGGUGGUGGUGGCGGCGGCUUGACAGUUGUUGAUUCCCAGUUCACAUUGCUCUAAAUGUGGUGGUUGAUUAUGUCACAGUGGUGGACUGCCUUAGAUGCUCUACUACGAGCCUUCACAAAACACUCUUUCCACACUUCUUUCCAUUGUAAUGUUUUCAGGUUCCUUUCAAGCUAUUUAUACAUACAGCCGCUCACCUGUGAGCUUUUCUGCUGAGCAGAUUAGUCCGCUGCCCUCACUUCUACAGUUUUAACUUUUCUAUCACCUGUAGCAAAGCUGUUAUGGAACCCUCAGAUCCGUUUACUAUAGGUUAGAAAAAUAUCUUAGAUUUUUGCCACCUAUAGUUUUUACGCAUAAAUAGAAUAGGUUUUGCUGUUCUUUUUUUGUUUGUUGAAUUAUACAGGCUUUUGCGCUCCACAUGAGUUUAGAGUAGUGCGUUACAGUAAUUUAUCACGUCAUUUUAGCAUUGUAAAAUACAAUGAAAUUAAAAGCCUUAGUUGCCGAUUCUUGUUUAUGGAGCCAUGAUAUCAUGCACGUGAUUUAAUGUAAACUGAAUUUCAUGACAUGCAAUGUUUGCAUUUAGUUUUUCUUGGCACUUGUUGCCUUAAAAUACACCUGUCUGUGGACUAUAAUCACAUUACAUAUUUUUUUUCCUCAUAUAGUUUGUAACGUUAUCUUUUUUUUUUUUUUUUUUUUAAAUGAAGUGCUUUGCUGAGUAAGUAGUUUUACGAUGGACGGAGGCUGGUUAUGCUGUGUCUUGUGCCUUAAACAUCUUCAAAACUCCCACAUCUGGUUCCCUUCACGACCAAAGGUGCUCUUAUAGGGUUUCUACUUCCGUCUAUUAACUUGAUCUCAUGGGUGUUGAUGGUGGUGGUGAUGGUGUGCACAACAUGGACGCCGAUAUGCCGAUGACGGUCAGCGUUCAUUCAGAAAUCUUGCUGUAAACCGUUUGUAUAUAAAAUCUGUUACUCAA